UAUAUUUCCCAAUUUUGCUCUUUCUUCUUUCAGUUUGUUUCCUCUCAAUAACUCUUUCUUUCUUCAAUUUACAGUUAUGCCUAUCCUAAACAAUGUGGAUAGAAAUCAGACUCAAGCUGGACCCAGCAUCAGUGGGUCGGAAGAACUCCCUUCAUACUCAACCCAUCCUCUUUGUCUGAGUCCAAACACAGAUCACACACCUGAUAAUUAUGAAGAUUUAAAUUUGGAAUUCAGUCCCUUGAUUUUCAGUGCCAUGGAGAGACACCUGCAUCCUGAUCUUUUGAAUGCAACCCGGGAAUUCAAAGUUCAAUACAUCAGUAACAUUUUGAAACGAUACAAACCAGAUGAUAGCCCAGCUGCAGUCUCGUUCAGAGAUUAUCAUCUUAACAUCCAAUCACAGUAUGAGCCUUUACACAAGGAAUUAUACACGAUGAAUGCAGAAGAUUUCUUUGUGCCAGACUUUGUCAAGGCAGUGAAGGACAAUACUGAAGAGAGUUAUCGGAAAAUAAUGGCCGAGCCAUUAUCAGGAGUGUUUGUAUUUGACAUGUUUCAGCAAACAUUCUGUCAAAUGCUGCUCUCUGAGGUAGAGAACUUCGAAAGGUGGGCUCAACAUACAAAAAACAAAAUCAUGCGGCCGAAUAAGAUAAAUAAAUUUGGUGCGGUGCUUGAUGAUUUUGGCCUGAAAAGCAUGCUCAACAAGAUGGUAGAGGACUUCAUAAGCCCUAUAUCGGCAGUAUUUUUCAGUGCAGUGGGUGGAACCACACUGAAUUCUCAUCACGGUUUUGUGGUCGAGUAUGGAGUAGACAGGGAUUCUGAUCUAGCAUUCCAUGUGGAUGAUGCGGAAGUUACUCUGAACGUGUGCUUGGGCAAAAACUUUUCUGGUGGAGAGUUAUACUUCCGUGGUGUUAGAUGUAAUGAGCAUAUAGACUCAAAUGCUAAACGUGAGGAAAUUAUGGAUUAUGUCCAUGUUCCUGGACGUGCGAUUCUACAUCAUGGUCGUAACCGCCAUGGUGCUAAAGUUACAAAAUCUGGCCACAGGGUCAAUUUGUUGGUGUGGUGCAGAAGUUCUGUCUUCAGACAAAUGUACAAAUAUCAGACGGAAUUCCCAGACUGGUGUGGAGAGUGCCAAAGCCAGAAGAAAGAAAGGCGGAGACAAAAGGAUGCUGCCAAUCGACUGGAAACUAGCAUGACACUUCACAACUAUGAUUUUCCGCUUCAACUCAAAGCACUUUCAGAUGGAAUCGAACAUGUGGACUAUCUUAUUAAUAGGAAGCUUCAACUCAAUCUUGUAAAAGGAAGCUUGUGCAGUGAUGUGUUUAUGAGUGAUUUGACGAAACUUUUGCAUGAGAUGUUCAAUAAAUAUUGGAGGGACACCUACAUGGUUAUGACUCUUGUUGUGGUUAUGGUCAUCUUCCACUUCCAACCUAUUAUUCUCCAUAUCUCCUUCAAUUUUGAUCAACACUCAUCAUAAUCAUUGUAUGACAUAGAUCCGGUAAGUUACAAUACAUUUAAGUUUUGUUGAUUCACUCUUAUCAGUUAUUGAUUCACCUUUUCAAUCAGAUGAAACAUUUUAUGUCUUUCCCUAAUUUAUUCUUUACUUCGAUCAUCAAGAUCCACAUCACAAAAUGUAAUUUGAUAUGUAAGUUGUAGCAAAUAGGGUUUGAUCGAUGUGAUUUAACUAUCUCCUAUCCUUUUCAUUUACUCAUGUGAUUGAUAUUUGAAUACUCCUUGUAGAGAUCCAUGAAUAUUCAUCCUCACAUAAGGCAUCAAUCUAGAUCAUGUUUUCCCCCAGCCGUUCAAUUCCAAGGAAGAAUACCAUUCUUGCGUUACAUUCUAACGACAAACUGCAAACUGUAGAUUUUUCUCUUAUUCGUCAACGCAAACUGCAGAUUCAUUUGGAGUCGCAAAGUCUCUAAUCUCAACGACGUUUUCAUCAUUCCCGACGUCUUCCACGCAUCCAUUAUUCAGAUGAGUUUGUGUUUUUCGUCGUUUUCCUCAUUCUCAUUGCUGAGUACGAAUGGUUUUAAGAAUUUAUGGUGAAAAAUAGUUUGAAUGAAUGGUUUAUGUUUUAGAAUGAAAAAUAGUUUGUAUGAAUGGUUUUAGGGUGUGAAUAGUUUGAAUAGGUAUAUUCUGUAUAUUACGUCACAGUACGUUGACAGAAAUUGUUUCUAGAGUGUGAAAUAGGUAUAUUUUGUUUAUUACGUUGACGCAAACUGCACUUUGCGUUGACGCAAACUGCACUUUGCGUUGACGCAAACUGCACUUUGCGUUGACGCAAACUGCACUUUGCGUUGACGCAAACUGCACUUUACGUUGACGCAAAUUGUUUCUAGGGGUGAAUGAUUUCUAGGUAUAUUCUAUGAAUGGUUUCUAGGGGUGAAUAAUUUAUAGGAUGUGAAAUAUGUGUAUUUUGUAUAUUUCGUUACGCAAAUACACUUUUUGUUGACGCAAACUGCACUUUUCAUUGACGCAAACUACAUUGUGUUUUCAUUAAUCUAACAAACUGUUUUCUUUGCUGAUGGCGCAAACUAAAACAAUUAAUGAGAAGUUUACUGGCCGUGUUUCAUGUAAAUCCACCAGGAUUUGCUUAGCAAGGAUAAAUGAGAGGUUUACUCAUCUUGAUCUUUUGGAUAGGGUUUUGCAGACUCAAUUCCAGUAUCUAUUUAAAGUUUCGACCGUAUUGUUUUCAGUACAAUACUCUAUCAUAUGCUAAUAAAAAAAAGCAGCUCAAAUUCGAAGGAGAUAAGGUUUCUAGUCAAUAGUGAGGAGGUAUGUUGGGACAUUAAAGAUUAUGUCUUGGUGACAGGCCUCAACUUUGACAAAUUGUUGAAGAUUGUCCACCCUUGGUCCACAAAUAUUUUGGGGGUAAAUGAUGGUUAGAGUAACAGAGGUUGAUUUAAGUUUCCUCCAAUGCUCUGAUAAGGAGGAUGCAUGAAAGAUGGGGCUCAUAUACCUGAUUUACCAGUAUCUCUUCGCAGCUGAUAAUAGGAGAAUCGUAAGUAUGAAAAUCUUCCGCAUGGUGGAGGACAUGGAGACGUCCUCCAAUCUCAUCAUCUUUCUUCAACUCCUCCGCCUUUUCUUAUUCUCCAACUCCUCAUCCGCAAUCUUCUUCAACUCCUCAUCCGACUUCUUCUUCUCCAACUCAUUCUCCUUCUUCUUCAACUCCUCCUCUGCCUUUUUCUUCUCCAACUCAUCCUCUGUCUUCUUCUUCAACUCAUCAUCUGCCUUCUUCUUUCAACGUCUCAAUGUGUUCCACCAUGUGGAAGAUUUCCAUACUUACGAUCCUCAUAUUAUCAACUACGAAGAGAUACUGGUAAAUCAGGUAUAUGAGCAUCACAUGCUUCCUCUAUUGGAGAAAUUUUCAUCAACCUCUGUCACUUUAACCAUUAUUUUACCCCCAAAAUAUUUGCGGACCAAUGGUGGACAUUCUUCAACGUCCUUGUUUUUCACCACAUGAAAUCUGUCAAAGUUGAGGUCUGUCACCAAAACAUAUUCCUUCAUGCCCCAGCAGACCUCCUCACCAUUGACUAAGAAUUUUAUCUCCUUCGAAUUUGAGCUGCUUUUCCUAAUUAACAUCUGAUGGAGUAUUGUCCUGAGAACAAUACGGUCGAGGUUUUGAAUAAAUAUUGGAAUUGAGUCUACAAAGCUCUAUCCAAAAUAUCAAAGUGAAUAAACCUCUCAUUUAUCUUUGUCAAACUGGUGCCGGUAGAUUUUCAUUAAACACGGCCAUGAAACUUCUCAUUAAUGGUUUUGGUUGACGGCAUCUAUAAAGAAAUAGUUUGUUAGAUUAAUUAAAACACAGUGUAAUUUGCGUCAAGAAAAAUGGAAUUUUCAUAACGAAAUAUACAUAGCAUACCUAUUUCAAAUCUUAGAAACCAUUCACACCCUAUAAACAAUUUGCAUCAACGCAAAGUGCAGUUUACGUCAACGUAAUAUACUUAGUUCACACCCUAUAAACAGUUUGCAUCAACAUAAUAUACAGAAUAUACCUAUUUCAAACCAUUCACACCCUAAAAACCAUUCACACACUAAAAUCAUUCAUACAAACUAUUCUUCACCCUAAAACCAUUCAUACAAACUAUUCUCAACUCUAAAACAAUUAAUACUCAGAAAUAGGAAUGAGGAAAACGACGAAAAAACACAAACUCACAUGAAUAAUGGAUGCAUUGAAGAAGUCGGGAAUGAUGAAGAUGUCGUCAAGACGAGAAAGUUUGCGACUCCAAAUGAAUCUGCAGUUUGUGGUGACGAAGAAGAGAGAAGAAGGGGAAAUCAAUUUGCGUAAAUAA